AUGGCUCCACCUAAAGAUAACAAACAGGGGCAAGAUUCUCAAAACAAGCAAGCAGAACCUACACCAGAAGGAUCUGGAACUGGUCGUAACUCACGCUCCCCAACUGCAGGCCCUUCUGGAAGAACAACCCCUAGAUCAGGAACGACAAAUGCAUCAACAACUCCAACAACUACUUCAUCAGCCGAAGCUGGACCUUCAACAGCUCGUGGCGAAAUACCACGAUCCCCUCCUAAUCAAAAUACAACGUCUGGUUCACCACCCGAGCGUCAAACAUCAACAGUAACUCUCACAAGAGUCACGCUUCCAAGAAGAGCUAGUAAUCAAUCAAUAGCCAGUGAACCUUAUAUAGACCCUGGACCGUCAAGAGAUGUCGCUUCAAUAGCUGGUUCCUCAGUCUAUAGUGCUGAACUAGAAGCAUAUAGUAACUCUGUUGCCUCUGGAUUUCCAAGCAGACAAACAGGUACAUCCAGAUAUGUAUCAACGAAUCAAAAUACUGGGUCAAGUAAUGAUCCGGCUUUUUCAAGUCGAAGUGUUAGCCAAUUGGAAUACGCACAGAGAAGACAAGCAGAUUUAAGCAGAGGACGUUUUCAAUUUGAUGAAGGUAGUUCCGCGCGUGCGUCCGACACAAACCAAAAUCGAAUUGCCGCGUUACAUCCUCCCCCUCUGACCUAG